CUAACGGCUAGUUCUAUCCUAAUUCCAGAUUAUCACACCAACGGUCAAAUUCCCCACUUUAAAACCUCCUCAUUUCGGCUCUUCUUCAUUUGUCUUCAUCUUCUCUCAAUCUUCAACGCUCUUUUCUUUUCUCUCUCUAUAAUCCGAUUGACAUUCGAUCAAAAAUCUCAACUUUCUGCAAAACCCUAAUUCUCUAAUUCCCCCAAUUCAAUGGAGACCCCUUCAUCAUCAAACAGGAGAAUCACAAGGUCUCAGGCUAUUGCUUUAGCAAAUAGUGAAACCAGCAACAACAACAACAAAACAUCAAAGAAAAUUGAAGAAUCUGAAAAGAGUAUCUCAAAAUCAAGGCAAAGAACUAAGAAACAAGAUCGAUCUGUUUUGAUUGAUAUAACAAAUGAUUCCCCAAUAGUUGGAUUAGCAAGCGGAAGCUUAAAUGGGACCCCAAUUUCAUCUUUCUCAAAACAGAGGAGGAGCAAUGCUUGCAAGAAAACUCCUGGAUCAGGGGAAGCUCUGCUCAGAGGUCAAGUCAAGAAUCUGUUGCAAAAGGUUGAAGAAGAAGCUGAGAUAUCUAAGUUUUGUCUCGAAAACUGUGGUCCGGUUCGCAAUGCCGGGUUUAAAGCUAUCUUUAAUUCUCCGGCAGGACUUGUUGCUCCGACUCCGGUGAAUACUCCACAAGUUCUGAAUUUCUCUGCUUUUGAGGAAAUUGAUUUGUUGAGCUCUGUUUCUGAACCUCCAAUUGAAGAUCAACUCAAAUUGCCUCUGGUGGUGAGUGGGAAAAUUGAUGAGAAGAAGCAAGAAGAGAAUGAAACAGACUGUGAGAAAGAUGUGAUGAUAUCAAGGGCAUUGUUUCUGGAAUUUUCUGAUAAAUCAGACUGCUCAUCAGACUGUUCAUCUGUGGUGACAUACCAAGUAAAGAGUGAAGCAAGCCAAGACAAACUGGAUUCAUUUGAUGAUGAUGCUGCUUCAGUUUGGUCUAUCCAAGUGAAUGCAAGUACUCGAGGCGACGACGAAGAUGAGGAUGAAGUGAAUCAAGAUGUUGAUGAAGUUGCUGAGAAUGACGAGUAUUAUGAUGAGGAAGAAGGAGAAGCAGAGAAAGUGCCUUUUCUUGAUGAAUUGUGUGAUGGAAUAAGCAAUAUGAGUAUGGAAGGAGAGAAAAAAGGGCCAAAAUUCAUGGGAAAACACAAAAGAUUUGUGUAUAACAGUGAUGAUGAAUUGGUUGAGGAAUUUGAAGAGUUUGAUUCGACUGAAGCGCUUCGCUUGAAGGGAUUGCCAACUCCAAAAGGGAAGCAUGUCCGUUUUCUGGAUGAAGAAUGAUUGAGAAUUUCAGUGGAUUGUUUAGUUUUUUACAUGUUUCUGAGAAAGUGGCUAACUUUCUGGAUGAAUGCUCUGAUUUUGGGGUUUGGUUAUGAAACAUUUUCUAGGUUUUUGGUGAUUAGAGUUGGAAAACCAAAAAAUAAUGUGGAUUGAUAUGAAUUAAUCAUUCUGUAUUAUAUUAUGAUUGAUUGUGGGAAACUUUCUGAAUUGUUAUUUUGCACAGCAGAUUUGUUUAAUGAAACUGAUAUUCUGCAUUA